AGGUAAAACUUAAAUGGGCCGGGUGAAAAAUUAAAUUGGGUCCAUCCUGUUUAUCUUCUUCAAUCAAGGGUAACAAAGGUAGCUGCUAGACACAGGAAACAGAGGAUAACAGAGAAAAUAUUGAUGAAAAAUAUUUUUCAGACAAAAUUAAAAUUUCAAAAUCGAAUCAAUGUAACGUGAAAGCUACAAAAAGAUUCCACAGUAAAAUUGAUUGUGAUUCUCCAAUUUUGUAAAUCAUCACUAUGACGAAAACCACAGAACAAAACGGAACGAAAAAUCUUCCCCAACAAUCUUCUACUUCAAUUUCCAAUUCCAAUUCCACACAAUCUUCUGGUUGUUGUUCAUCUUCUUCACCACUCUCAUCACCCAAUAUUCAAUUUCAACAACAACAAUGUCAAAAAGAUUCUUACUUCAAAAACCUAACAAUGAAAUCUCAACUAAAACGUAUAAGAAAUCCACUUACCGAUUGCACCAACACUUCUUCUCCUGUAUUAUUCAAAAAUCUUUCCACCAAUAAAGCUUCAAACCCUAUCUCUUCUUCGUCACUUUCGACGCCUUCGCCGAAGAAAUUUCCUACUCCCAAGACUGUUGAUCUCGAAGCUUCUGGGAAUAUUUCUAGAGCCUAUAGCCGAAGAUAUUCUUCAACUAAAAGGAAGGACAAAGAGAAGGAAGUGGGCAUUCAUACAAGUAGCGUGCCCAGUAAAACGAAGGAUAAGGAUGUGGUCUUUCCUGCAAAUAGGGAGCCCAUUAAAUUUCAACAACAAUGUCAAAAAGAUCCCAACUCAUUCGAAAACCUAACAAUGGAAUCUGAACGAAAACGAAAGCUCACACACAGAUCUCCAUUGUCUGAUUGCACCAAUACUUCUGCUUCUUCUGUUCCCUCUAAAUCAACCAAAUACAAAUCUUCCGAUUCUUCCCCUGUAUUCAAAAAUCAUUCCGCCAAGUCGUUCUCUACUAUCAACCCCGUUGUCGUAAAUCUUGAUGACGCUGCAAACCCUAACUCUUCUCCAUCAAACUUUCUCUCAACGCCUUUGCCCGAAAAAUCGUCUAUUCGCGAGUUUAUGGAUCUCGAAGAUUCUGAGAAGAAACCUAUAGGCUACCGCCGAAGAUAUUCUUCAAAUAAAAGGAAGGAUGAAGAGAAGGAAAUGGUCAUUCCAACAAGUAGCGGUGUGCCCUUUAAAAGGAAGGAUAAAGGAAAGGAUGUGGUCAAUCUUGCAAAUAGUGAGCCCAUUAAAAUGAAAGAUAAAGGGAAAGACACAGUCUUUUCAGGAAGUAGCAUGUUCAUGGAUCAAUCGAAGGAAGCUGGAAAUAGCACGUCCAAUAAAAGGAAGGAUAUAGGAGAGGAACGCGACAUUCCUUCAAGUAGCACGCCCAUUUUGAGUGUCUCUAAUACUAGAGAGAAAACUGAUGGGUUUGAACGUGCAAAUCCACCCAAGGCCAAGGCAUUUUCAGCCCCUUGUACAAAGAAGGAUCGUGUCAAGUCUUCAAAAAAUGGUGCGUUAGUAGACGUUUAUCCCGACCUACAAGAUUAUGUCAAGGAAUGGAAUGUUUACUUUAAAGAGAUUGAUGAUUUUGAAAUGUUAGUGGAGGAGGUUGAUUAGUGAUACCUAGAAAAGUGGAAAGUUAUUGAUGAAUUUGAACUGUCAAAAGUGGAGAUUAUAUAUUUCGAUAGCCAGGAGCUUGGAGCUUCUUUUUUGUGGAAGGUUGUAUAGUUGUGAUAUUAUUGGUUUUUUUUCUUUCUUUUUCACAAUGAAUUACUACCUCAGUGUCACAUCUCUAACAAAAUAAGUAAAUGUUAAGUUCUUAAUAGUAUUUGUAGGAGGCCACAGUGGAAGUUGAAGUUAAAAUUGUGUAAUACUACACAUAAUGAAUACUUGUGCAUUUCUCUUGUUUAACUUGUAAAUUACUACUAGUACUAGUUCUAUUUAUUGAAGUUAAAAUUGUGUAAUA